UCUAAUAAAACAGGUUACCUUCCCUUGAACACAAUGUUAAGGACAACUUUGAUUUUUUUCAUGUUUUUGAUGAUGAUAGUUAAAGUGGAGUCGGCAUGUGAUACUGAACUUCAGAAUGGCCUUCUUCAAGAUCUUCUUAACAUGAUGAUGAAAAUUAAAGGUUCCAAUCAAGAACUGUCUUCCUGUAAAUGCCAGAAGAAAUUACAGGCAAUUGCCUUCACAGCUUCUCUGUCAGCUAGUAAAUCCAUGGGUCCUCUAGAAACAGUAAAGUUUGAUAAAGUUUGGACCAAUGCUGGUAAAGGAUAUAACCCAAAUUCUGGAAUAUUUACAGCACCAAAGAAAGGCUUUUAUCAAAUAACUGCCACGAUGAUGUCUCAGAGUGGAAAAUGGUUUCAUGCAUCCAUAUGGAAAAACGAUGAAAAAACUGUGGGAUUAUACACUGGACAAGGUCAUAAAACAGGUUCUGCUAGCAUUGUUCUCAAUUUAAAGAAAGGAGACCGUGUGUUUGUUAAACAUUAUAACAUGAGUCAGACAAUCUACAGUGAUAGCAAUCACUAUACUAUGUUUUCUGGCUUUCUUAUCUCUUAA